CAACAAAAAAAAAACCUACAAAGAAAGGGUUACAGUCGAGACUUCCUUGUUCCUGCCACGUGACACGCCUCGGCUCCCCAUAGGUGGAUUGCUUGGUCGGUAUUCCUCCGCGUUGUGGAGAGAAAAUGGCGGCGCGUGGCGGUUUUCAGCAAGCGGCAUCUGGAGGCGGCGGUGGCGGUAUGGGACCAGGACCUCCGGUACCGGGUGGAGGAGGACCAGGAAUGGCUCCUGGAACGCCUGCAGGAAGGAUGGGACCUACAGGGCCGCAGAAUCCAAUGUAUCGUUCACCGAUGCCUGGGCCUGGAUACCCGAGACCCGGGAUGCCCCCAGCAAAUCGGAUGACUCCUCAAGGCCCCCCCAUGGGUCCUCCAGGCUACGGUGCUAGUCCAGUACCUCGCCCUGGAAUGCCAGUCAUGGACCCGUCUCGUAAGAGACCUGCACCACCUCAGAUUCCACAGCAGGUCCAGCAACAGAACCGCAACCAACAUGCCAAGAAGAAGAAGAUGGCUGACAAAAUUCUACCUCAGAGAAUCAGAGAACUAGUCCCAGAGUCUCAGGCUUACAUGGACCUGCUGGCCUUUGAGAGGAAGCUGGAUCAAACCAUCAUGCGCAAGAGACUCGAUAUUCAGGAGGCACUGAAGAGACCCAUCAAGCAAAAACGAAAGCUACGAAUUUUUAUCUCCAACACUUUCAACCCUGCCAAGCCUGACGCUGAGGAUGGCGAGGGAACUGUAGCUUCAUGGGAGCUGCGAGUGGAAGGCCGGCUGCUCGAGGACACUGCUGUAUCUAAAUACGAAGCCACCAAGCAGAAGAGGAAAUUUUCCUCUUUCUUCAAGUCCUUAGUGAUUGAAUUGGACAAAGACCUGUAUGGGCCUGACAAUCAUUUGGUAGAGUGGCACAGAACACCCACUACUCAGGAGACUGACGGCUUUCAGGUGAAAAGGCCUGGAGACGUGGGAGUACGCUGUACUGUCCUCCUCAUGCUCGAUUACCAGCCUCCUCAGUUUAAGCUGGACCCCAGACUGGCACGCAUGCUGGGCAUCCAUACCCAGACCAGACCCGUUAUCAUCCAGGCUCUGUGGCAGUAUGUGAAGACGCACAAGCUGCAGGACCCACAUGAGCGUGAGUUCAUCAACUGCGACAAAUACCUCCAGCAGAUCUUUGAGACUCAGAGAAUGAAGUUUUCUGAGAUUCCUCAGCGGCUGCAUGCCCUGCUGAUGCCUCCUGAGCCGAUCAUCAUUAAUCAUGUCAUAAGCGUGGACCCGAAUGACCAAAAGAAGACCGCCUGCUAUGAUAUUGACGUUGAAGUGGAUGAUACACUUAAGACCCAGAUGAACUCUUUUCUGCUGUCCACUGCCAGUCAGCAGGAGAUUGCAGGCUUGGAUAAUAAGAUUCAUGAGACUAUCGAGACCAUCAAUCAGCUGAAGACUCAGAGGGAGUUCAUGUUGAGCUUUGCCCGUGAUCCUCAGGGCUUUAUCAAUGACUGGCUGCAGUCCCAGUGCAGGGACCUCAAGACCAUGACCGAUGUGGUAGGAAACCCUGAAGAAGAAAGAAGAGCAGAGUUCUAUUUCCAGCCUUGGGCUCAAGAGGCCGUAUGUCGCUACUUCUACUCCAAGGUCCAGCAAAGGAGACAGGAGCUGGAGCAAGCACUGGGCAUCCGGAACACAUAAGCAGGAACGGACACCUAAGGGAACAGAAGAGGCAGUCUGCCGUCUUUGGUUCUUGAUCAAUGACACUAAAUUACAGUUUAUUUAAUCACAUUCCUGCUGUGGCUGGUAGGAGACAAUGUUUGAUGAUCCUCCUCCUAAACCAGAAAGAUCUCACCUGCUUUGGUUCCCUGAAAACCAAAAUGACUCGUCGUCUUCUCUGUUCUGUGUCCUCUCAUUAUCUGGGGGGGGAAUAUAGAUGCUUCUGCCUUUUUAACUUGUUCCAACUAGACUCAAAUGUUGUUCCCGCAGUGGCUGUGAUAUGAAAAAUCUUUCUUUCAGCCAAAUGCUGUAUAGGCUACUAAUAGAAGUAAAUAGUCUUCACUGGUAUUUUGUUAGUCUGAUAGGAUGCAUGAAAAACUCGAAUGCUCAAGUGUGUUUGGGUACCAAAGGAGACCAAGGCCUUGGCUGCUGAACAUGGAUAAGACAAUGAUACUUUUCAUAACAUGCAAUACAUAUUUAAGUCACAAGUGUAAGUGCAGUGUCUUAUGUGCAGUGAUGCCACAGUGCACCAAGAAGACAUUCUAGUUGUCCAAGACGCCCCAUGAUGUUACAGCGUUCGGCUUUAAUUUUGUACAUUUUUAAUACAGUCUCCUAAACUACAUUGGCAAGAUCACUGAAGAACUGGAUGCUGUUUGAGGCAGAUAUUUUGAAAGAGAUCUCUCUUUCUUUUGCCUUGUUUCUCCAGAACACAAAAAAAAAUCAGAUACAAAGCAUAUCUUGGCUGUUUGACCAUGGUUUUUUUUUUUUUGUUAGCUUGCAAAGGAAGAAACAAACAAUCUAUUGAACUAGCUCAGUAAUUGGACAAAUGGCUUUCAGUAUUGUUUUAUUGAAUGGUUGUAUCACCACCUCCUAACAAUGACUAUAUGUUGUGGCAGCAUCUCUUAAAGUGCUGAAUAGCUCAGUGGCCCACUAAGCUGGUUGAUCGUUCUCGGUUUCUCAUGACCGUACCAUACAUGAGGUUUGGCUUUGUGACCUUCCAUGCUUUGUGUUGAGUUGUGAGAUAUUUAAACCUGACAGUACUCCAUUACUGUAUCAUAUAGAGUUAAUUUCAUUAUCUAUAAAAAGAAAAGUUCCUUUCAUAAAUGGGUGCUGCAUCCAUUGUUGUGGAUUCCAAAUUGUGGCUGACAUAAAGGAUAAAUUGAUGAAGUGUUUUGUGGGGCCAAGUUUAGUUUUGUUGGGUUUUUUUGUUUUGUUUGUUUGUGUUUUGUGGUUUUUUUCUCCUGCAAAUGGUAGAUAUUUGUCUUUUUUAUAUUUUUAUCAUAAUAUGGACUGUAUAAAUAUUGAUUAGGCUUAGAUUCAUAUUACAGAAGUAGUGUAGUACCUCAGCUCUACAAAGCUAUGAAAUGGUGAGCAGAUGCUUUGAACUAGUCUACUGGCUUUAAUUAAAAUUGAUAUGACUGUCCAUGCUCAGGUAUUUUCUCCACUGUAGACAUCUUUAAGCAGUUCUGACCGUGUCACUGGCCAUAAAUGAAUAAUUCAGUUUCAUACACUCACACUUUCAUGAAGGACACACUUUGAGCCAUGGUUGUAAUGGGCUUGAGUUAAGAGUUGCCAAAUUUUCUGAAAGUUGAAGAAAUGGUCAUGUUUAUGAUUUUCAGACGCUCAAUAUUUAAUCCUGUGUGCAUCAUUUCUUCAUGACAAAAACUGUAAUUUUUUUUCCUUUUAUGGACCAAACUUGUUUGAAUGUGUCAGCCUUACAAUAAAGAUGAACUUAUAUUAA